AGCUUCUGUUGCGGUAAAGCGUUCGCGGAACGGAAGAAACUAUACAAUGGCGACGACGCGUGCAGUGGAUAAAACCUAUGAGGUAGUCUCAGCGCCCUUCCCAGCACCCUCGAAAACCCACACGACUACCGUCGCCGGCCAUCCUACUACAGCAACAACCCUCUACUUUGCCGACAAGAUCCUCAUAACAGUCACGCAGAAUGGACGGUUAGCACAUUGGGUCCACGUUCCCCUCGACGUUUCUGCCACAGAUUCCUCCCUCACCUCUCUCUCUCACGACCGCGACUCGGACACUCCUCCCAGCGAUCUCCUGCCUAUGCACCAGCUCACCGCGACCACCAUCCUCGGCGGCACCGUGCCCGAGCUCGAUGUCCUGGCCCAGACGCUUGCAACAAACAUAGCGAGCGCCAUCAAGACGCGCAACGAGCGCGAGCUAAGGACAGUCGUGCUAGGCACAGGCCUAGACAGGAGUAUGAAAGGGAGGGCCGAAUUCAGCGAGCUGGUGGGGCUGGUGCUAGACGUGUUGUGAAGAACAGCGGCAGACAGAGGCCGGCAGUCAUUGGGAAUCAUGGGCAUUCCUUGUUUCUUUGCUAGGCCAUUCUUUGCGAGCCGCAUGAUGUCACGAUGCAUACAGAUUCUGAACAUCUGGGGUUGAUACCGAAAGAUUACGAUCGACUCGGGAAAUGGCUGAACGCUUCACGAUACCCAGCAGCCAAUGAAUGUAGAAAAUCAACAAAUUCUCGAGGAUGUGAAAUGUCCAGGUUUCUAAGCUACAAUCUUAAGAUCCUCGGGCAUACCACCCACGAGCUC